AAUAUAGAAAUGAGUUAUGGUACAACAUGUAACGGGCAUAAAAGUUUAUUUAAACGCCUUAUUUUUUAUUAUAAAACCCGAUUUUUUUCAGUAUCACUGGUACGCGUUAUCGACCCCGUGACGUCACCGUCUACACUCAGCUGAUCCUCCUGACCGACACAAUGACGAGCUGGUGUCAGCGGCAACUGCGUGGAACAGCUAGUAACUUCUUUUUAUUUUAACCUGGCAUUUCAAAGCUUGCCAUUGCCACGACUCUGGUUAGGCCAUUAAUUCUCGUGCAGACGAGCGUGCUUGCCAGCAGCCAAGCUUGGUCGUUUAAGCUAGUUAGCUAGGAAGCAGUUAUGUUAGCUCCGCCGUGAUGCGUUUAUGAGCCUCUUCCAUUGCGCUUCCGUGUCGAAUGCUUGACGUCUGACUGAGAGCAAACUGCGAGAUGGAAGACUACGAUGAAGCGGACUCUCUGGAAACACCCGAGCUACCUCUGGAGAUUGUAGUCUACAUCCUGAGUUUCCUCCAGACUUCAGACAGAAAGGAAGCAUCACUGGUCUGCCGCAGCUGGUACAUUGCCAGCCAGGACUUGUGUUUUCAGAAAAAUGUCAUAUUUUGCUUUCCGGCUUCAGCCUCAUCCUUGGAGCUGGUCAGGAGUCUGGGACGAAGGUCUCGCUGCAGCUUGAUCAUCAGACAGCUGGAUGGCUUCAGCUUGUCCAGAUCUCUGCUACUGGAGGUGGGCCGAAGUGUCGGCUCCAAGUUGGACAGCUUAGCACUGCCUGGCAGCAGUGUCACUGAAGCCUCCUUGUUGGCUCUCCUCCCUCGCCUCACUUCCCUCCGCAGGCUCGACCUAAGAGGCCUGGACAGCCUCUUCAUGUCUGGAGCCUUCCUCUCCAGGAAGGAACACAGACAGCAGGUUAAGUCGGCUAUCUCUGGCCUUGAGGAACUGGACCUGUCCGACCUGCGCUACCUCUCUGACCUCACCUUCAACCGCCUGACGGGCUGCACACCUCGCCUCCGCCGCCUCGCGCUGGCUGGCUGCCACAUUGCUUUUGAGUUUGACCCCUACAGUGGCUGCCCGGUGGGAACCGUCAAGGUUUCCUCUGCGCUACUCUCACUGAGGAACCUGCGGAAGUUGCUCACGGAGCAGAGCGCCACCCUUGUUGCUCUGGACCUCAGCAGAACCUCCAUCACUCCCGAAUCCCUUCGCACUAUUGCCCAGGUUCAAGGUUUGGCCUUGGAGGAUCUGUUUCUGCAAAGUUGCAAGGAGCUGACAGACUACUCGGUGGAGGUUCUGGUGAAGCACCAGCCGGGCCUCCAGAAACUGGACAUCAGCGGCUGCACCGAGUUGACCAGCAGGGCCGUGGUGGCCGUAGCGCGAGGCCUGAGCUCCCUUACGGACCUCUCGUUGUCACGUGACUGGAAGAUCACUGAAACAGGCCUAGCUGACCUGGUGUCAGUCCCAUCCCUGCGGAGUCUGGAUCUAUCCGAGUGUCUUCACGUCGGUGGGGCAGAGAUGGUGAAAGGUUUGUCGCGAUGCCUUGCUGAGCGAGCGCAGCUGGAGAAGCUCAAUCUCCGGAGCUGUACUUACAUGCGGGAUGAGGCCGUAUUCUCACUUACGCAGGUUCUAGGCGGCAGUCUACGUGAGCUGGACCUAACCUCGUGCGUCAACGUGACCGACCUGUCGGUGCGCGCCAUUGCCACCUACCUGCAGGGCCUGGUGGUCCUGCGACUCGGCUGGUGUAAAGAGGUGACGGAUUGGGGUCUGCUGGGGAUGGUGGAGACGAGCACGUGCGUGCUGGACGAGGAGAAGGAAGACAGGGGCCCCAGGUUCACACGCACCUUCGGCAACAUGGGCUUCUUCAAGCCUCCGCGAUUGCCCUUCGAGGAGCGACCCAAGCUGGUGACGCCGGACGACUUGAAGCAGUUCAAAUUGCAGGCGGGGGCGUCGCUGUUAGCGCUCCGCAGGCUGCGUGAACUCAACUUGUCCGCCUGCUGCAAGCUCACCGACAGCAGCAUCACGCAGGUGGUGCGCUUCGCAGACCUCCAGUGUCUCUUUUUGUCCUCGCUGCCCGACAUCACCGAUGCCAGUUUGUUGGCUGUGGCCCGGCACUGCCGGGCGCUCACCAGCCUGGAGCUCAGCCGCUGUGCGCACAUAAGCGACCGCGGCGUGGCGCAGGCGGCGCCGUUCCUCCACAGGUUGCAGCAUCUCUCCCUCUCGGCUUGCAAUCACAUUACAGAUCAAUCUUUGCUCCUGCUGGCUCAGCACUGUCAGCGACUGAAGACACUUGACGUGUCCAAGUGCAACAAGAUCUCAGGAACCACCGUGGACCACCUUCAAUCACAGCUGCCCUUUUUGGAAAACCUCCACUGCAAAAUAUCCGGUGGGACUGACUUUUCACUCUGAUUUAAAUGUUCUUCGUGACUUUUCAUCAAGCAAAUGUGUUGACCAAACCUGGGAAGAAGUGUUGAGGUUCUUAACAUUGUCCACAAAUGAACAGUUGAGAGGUUUCAAACUUAACGGACAGAUUGCCCCACCCAAACAGUGUUUUUUUUUUUGUUUUUUUUUACUUAGGUCUUCUAGUAGCAUUUAGAAUUCAUUUCACGUUAUCCCUAAUUGGGAAGAAAUCAGUUAGGCUUCUGGCAUGUAGCGCUCUAAACCAAGUUCAAAUGGACAGCACUCUCUGCACUAUACCAGUAGCACAAUUUUUCUCAGCCAGUCAGUGAC